ACCGGAGAUCCCAGUAGCGGCAGCAAAGAAGAAAGGAGCCAUGUUUAAGAGUAAGAAAACAAAGCAGCAGUCUCUCAAUGUGGUUGACAACCUUCUGUCGAACUACUUGCAGGUGUCAGACAAGAAGAUCUUGAAAAGCAAAGAGAAGGGACAAAAAGGACAUGCUGCCAGCAAGAUCCUUGAGCUGAAUUCGAAGCUAGGGAACUUCAAGAAAACCAGAGAAGGGCUGCGGAAGCACAAGGACAAGGAGAGGAAGAUGAGAAACAAGAAGAUGAAGGGAAUAGAGAAGAUCAACGAGAAGAUUGUGCGACAGAGCAAGCUCGAGAGAGGAGACCGCGAGGUGAUAGACGAGAUAGUGAGCGCCAAGUUGGCGGACUUGAAGAAGAUCGACCUGGUGAGCAGAGAUGAGGAUCUGCUGGAACUACAGAACGACAUUUUGACUCUGACGGGCGGCGAGAGCACCAAGAGCAUGCUCAAAAACCUGAGAGACAAGCAGUUCUUGGAGAGAAAGAGACGGACUGCCGAAAGGGCCCGGUUCGAGGACAAGGUUUCCCGGGGGGUUGUUGCCGUCGGGGGGCUCACCCCGGGGCUUGCGCAGCCCGACGGCGACGACAGCGACGACAGCGACGCCGACGACCAGAGCGCCGACGACGCCGACCAGGGCGCCCUUCCAGCCGGCUUCAGGGACGAUUUCGACGAGUUCCAUUAGUUUUGUAUACGUAUAUUCAGGUAAAGUCAGACUAUAUAGCGUGCUCGAGCUCUCUAUCUACAGACGUGUGUUGCAGGCCCCCGGGCGCUCAGUUGCGCUCCUGCACCGGCUCCUCCGCGGGCUUCCCGUCGUUCUCGAACGGCAACUCCUUCCGGGCCUCGUCUAGCAGAGGCUUGAUGCCCUGCUUCGCCAGGUGCACGUCGAUGCACUCCUUGUACUGCACCCAGAAGUCCUCGCACUCGUUGUGCAGGCCCUCUCCUUUCAAGAACUUCUCCGAAUACCACGAGUUGAAACAGCUGUCGUACUUCUGUUUCAAGUCGUUACACUCUGGCGCAAAAGACGUCGACAUAAGAUUUCCCAUUAUUUCACCUUGCUCUCUGCACCGGCCCGCCUCUUUGCUGUCUGGUCCUC